AUGGGCCCUCCAGAUCGUGUGGUUCCUUUGUGGACAAUCAUCGAGGGCGACGUCCUAGGAGGCCCUCCCAAGGCCGGCACUUCGGAGUCCUCCAUAAAGGUGUUGCUCACCUAUGGGACCUACUGGGUGCGAUGGCGCCCCAUGGCCUCCUGGGGAUGGCGGCCUGGGGCCUCCCAUGGGCGGGGCGCCGCAGGUGCCAGGGAGCAGCUGGGGCCCUGCCUGGGCAGCUUGCUCACGGGACCUACCAAGGUGUGGCAGUGCCUCUGGAGCCCUCCCAGGGCGGUGGCGCGUAGUGGCCCUCCAGGAGCGGCAGAGUCUGUGGCCUACCAGGGCGGCCCUCCUGGGAGCUCUGGCUUAGUGGAGUGGGUCGUGGCGGACCUGGGCCCUCCUAUUGGGCGCGCUUGUGAGUGCCCGGGAGCAGCUGGGGCCCUGCCUGGCCUCUGGGACUACCAGGUGUGGCGCCUAAACCCUCCCAAGGGCGGUGGCGCCCUUAGUGGCCCUCCCAGGAACGGCAGAGUCCCCAAGGGCCCUACCAGAGGCGACCCUCCUGGGAGCUCUAUAGCUUGGAGACCUGCUAGGUGCUGGUGCGCCACCAAUGGACCUCACAGGUGUGGGGGCACCCUCAGGGGCCCUCCCAGGGCAGUUGGCACCCCCAAGGACUUUCCCAGUUCCGGCGGCAUCCCUAGGUGCCUUCUAAGGGGCGUCAGCGCCCUCAAGGGCCCUCCCAGGAGUGGUGGUGCCUCCAGGAAAAUUCCCUGGGGUGGUGUCGAACAAAUACGCCCUCCCAAGGGCAUUUGUGCCCACAGAGGCCCUCUGCGGGGUAUCUGCUACCACAGCGGCCCUUUUAGGGAUGAUGGCAUCCCAGGGGUUCUUACAAGUGAAAUGGCGCCUCCAUGGGCCCUCCCAGAUACGUGGUUCCCUUUAUGGACAAUCAUCGGGGCGGCGACGUCCCUAGGAGGCCCUCCCAAGGCCGGCGGCGCCCCCAGAGGUCCUCCAUAA